CCUUCUUGCUUCUCCACCUCGAGCUGCAAGUAUCGUUUGCUCGCAGGGGCCCGUUAUGCUGUGCUUCAAUGCCACGCGCUAUCAGCCAUGUUAUCUGUCGACCAGACACGUGGUACCAUACACGUCCGCAGCUACAACUAUGGCAGACUACUCGCCGGAUCAAUCGCAUGCACCGAACUUUUCUGAGCCGUAAGGCGUUGUCGCUUGGCUACAGUACCGAACUGUUGACGAGCUCGCAUCGGCACAAGUCCAUAACUCCUGAACGGAUGUAAGAUGCUCCCUUGCCCUCGGUCAUGCUUGGGGCGUACUCGGUACACUCGGCACUUCUAACAGAUAGCCAUGUUCGUGUCACAGGCUUGCCUCGGCGCCCAGGUAUUGUCAUCGCUUCGGCCUCGUACUUGACGAUUGUCAAGCCUCUGAAUGCACAACAGGUACGCCUCCGGACUCUGUCGAGAGAUUCACCAAGCCAUCUGUCCUACAUACAAGACCUUGGAGAGGAGAUGUCCUGUCUGUUGGUACUUGACUCCCGUUCGACAUGGAGAAAAUCAUCGCGGGUGGGCUUUGUCCAUGCUUUCUUACCUCAUCUUCAUCAUAGACUUCCUUUCAUGCCCGAGAGGUGGAUAAGACUUGCGAGCUUGAAUGACGUGGAGGUACGUCUGCGUGAACACAACAGAUCCACAUGCUGUGCACACGGAAGAUCUGGGCUGCUCGAGGUUGCACUUUUACUUGUCCGUGACUUCGUAUCGUCCACGAUGUCUCUAGUGACUUCAGGCACCACGCAGUCCAUAAGAACCGCCUAUAUUCGGGAUGCGUUACCCCAAAGUUGAUCUCAUAACCUCGAGGCCAGGUGCAGACGACCGCUUUUGCUUGCUCUUGGUAUGCAAGUCCGGAUGAGCUUCGUCAGUCAAGAUGUCUCGUAGAAGUACUUUCGUAAGCCUGUACGGCAUUUUGAUAUCGG